ACUAAAUGGUGAAAAUGAAGACGCGCAAUGCAAAUUCUUGCAGCCCUUAGUUGAGAAGUAAGAAAAUGUGUUUUUGGUCCAAAAAUAACAUCCUAGUCAGCUGUGUUUAUUCUGUAGUAGAAAUGAGACUGAGCCUCAGUACUUUCUGAAGGCAUUGUUACAUAAACAGUGAAGAAUAGUGAGACGUCACGCCUGGUAUUUGAGCGGCUCCCUUGGGCUGAUAAGUCUUUGUCAUCUGUUCCAGUCAGUAUUUAGCAAAACAAGCUGCUACUGGAUGAUUGUAUCUUUCUUAGUUUCCAUGAAAGGGAUGUAGUCUGUGAAGUGCCGCAGCUUUUCUUAAAUAUUUACCCCACACUUCAUCACUCAAUCAGGCUCAGCAAGUCUCCUACUAACAGGGUUAGUGUUAGGGUUAGUACUGACAAGUAGUGGCAGCAUUGUCAGGAAAACAAAAAUAAGCGGAGGGAGUUGCCUUUGCUUUUAAAAAGACAUCAUUUAGAACCGAGAUUAUUGUCCCAUCCACCAACUGGCUGCCUUGUCUCUGCGUCCACCCACUUUAAAAGGGAAGCCAGUGCACUUCCUCCCCUUCUUUAUCUAAAGGAAGCGGCGACAUAAGCAUCAGCAGCGGAGUCCUCAGGCUCGGACACCUUUUCCUCUGGACACUCAGUUCGUCUCGCCUGUGGGAGAAGUCAGAGGGGUCCACGGCCGCCGGAUCACCAUGAAGUCCGUCAGGGUUCUCGUCCUCGUCCUCGUCCUCCAGCUUGCGUCUGUCCACGUCCUCCAAGCAGAAACACCAACAACAGCAGCAACAACAGCAGCAACAACAGCAGCAACAACAACAGCGGCGCUGUCACCAAAAGCGGGGCAAACGCCAACGCCACCGGCACCGCCAACGCCAAAUACAGCACCAGCGACAAACAGAAGUCCUGCCGUUUCUGUAAACACAUCUGCGAUUCCAAACACAAGUCCGAGCAGUACUUCGAAGGCAUUGGGACAUACGGAUGCCGUGAAUCAGUCAACCCCAACUAACAAACCUGACACAACCACUCCCUCUCAAGGAAACCAAACUGGUGUGAACAAGACAAUAGGUGAAACUCAAGCUACAUUAACAACCCUGUUUGAACUGUUAGGACACAACAACACCGAAAGCCCCGGAAAGACAAAUAUGACUACUUCUCCAGCUGUAUCAGGUGAUAUCGCUCGUCUUCCGGGGAAUACUCAUCCUGACAAAGGACAGGCUGAAGAUGCUGGUUCUCAGAAGGGCAGUGAUCAGGAAACUUCCCCUCUCAAAUCAGACAAGCCACUGUGGUGGCUUGUGGUGCCUGUCCUCGUAGUCGGAGCCGUUAUCGCCACUGUCUGUCACUUCAGAUGCAAGAAAAUCCACGAUCACACAGAAACCAUUGACACUGGAACUGAGAACGCAUCUUUCCAGAACAGACCCGAAAGCACCAAGGAUGGCGUCAUGCUCCUCGGGGUGAAGUCCUCAGGCGGAGAAGAAAAUGCUGCUGAGAGAUAAAGGACAAAGAAGGGCAGCAACAUCACGAUCAGCGAGUGGAUAGUCUCCCACGCACUGAUGGUCUGAAGGAACCGUUUAAGGGGUCCAUGCAGCGAAGCUACAGAAACCCUUUUGUUCUCAGUGUACUUAUUCCCAUUUUCCCCCUUAUCAAAAAAAAAAAAAAAAAAAAAAAAUCCUAACAUGUAGAAACAGUUUAACCUUUCAAAUCGCUGUUGAUUGUUUUGUUUUCCGCUUUUUCUUGAAGAUUUUAGGACAUCUUCCUGUUUUGGUCAGCUCACUAGAAACUGGUGGGUGGUUGGGCGAGUCCUCUCCAAACUCACUUGGAUAAUAAACUAAGAAUUAAAUCAUUUCCCUCCGCUUGGACCCCGGUCGUUUCUGCACGCAGCUCGAUUGUCAUCAGCAGUUUUUUAAUUUAGUAAAACAUUUUGUGAAAGUAGUUUUAUUAAGUAGGGUGUAGGGUUUUUUUUUACCGUGGAGAACUCAAAGCUCUCUAGAAUUAACGCUUGCUCCCCGUGGAAUAUGAUGAUAAUGACGGUUUAUUAGCUGUGUAACCUUCAUUUGACGUAGAGCCCGAGUGACACUGCGCCAUUAACUUCCGCCCACAUGUUGGGAUGCGAACAUGUGUUCUCUGCAAUGCACUGACCUCAGUUCAAUCACACAUUUGUAGAUGUAAUAAAUCGCUGUUCAUUUCUUUGCUGUGUAAUCAUGGUUUGUCGUUGUGUUGUUACCAGUCAUUUAUUUACCUGUGAUUUUUUUGUGUGUGUUUUUUUUUUUUUUUAGUUAUAUUUUAAAUUCUUUACAAUCUCACCUUUGCCAGACAGUACUUUCACCAGGAAGAUACUGUCAGUGUUGUGCAAAAAAACGAAGAAGGUUUUAAGAUUUUCAUUUUUCUGUAACCAUAACAUUCAGCACGAGUAAGCCGGUUGGAUGCGGAGGACUGUAUUUAAGCUCACUGGGACUGCUUCAUGCCUCAUGGCUGGAAUUCAUAUUGUCAACCUCUGUUUGGCCAAUAAAUCACUUGAAAACGGA